AACAAUGUCUUGAGAAAAUUACACGUACACAUCAGAGUAUAAAACAGAGAAAAAAAGAAUCAAAGUUUUAGAAACAGGUAUUUACAUUAUUUCCAAACAUGAUGAUUCCCAAACUAGUUUCAUUUCUUCUAUUCUCAAAUUUCCUUAUACAUUUCACUAUCUCUGAACACGUCGAUCGAAAAAAUCCCAUUGUACGCGACGAUUUUCAAUUCGUGUUGGUCAAUCCUAGACAAGUGCAUCGUUUGGAAACGGGAAUUCGAGAUUUUUUCUCGAAAAUAGGGAAGCCUAUAAGUAAACCAAUUAUAUUAAGAUCGUCGAAAGAAGCCGAUGUGUUGUCAACGAUCCGGGAAAUAUGCAAGAAUAUAAGGAAGAGCGUAAUUGAAUUCGUUAACGAUUUUGGAUUGAUCGAUAACGUUCAAUUGUACGAAAAUAAAUCGAGAGAUGAUCCAUUGUCCGAUGAUUGGUAUUCCGAGGUGUUGCUGCAAAGCGUGUAUACGAUGUUAGACUUGGGAAAUAUGAUUAAUGAAAUUACAUCAUUGACCGAUAUAUUUAAUAGAAAUGGAAACUCGAGUUCGGGAGGAAACGAGCAUCUGACAAAUAAAACAACUUCGGACGGUUUCAAAUUCCUUGGCUCGGUGGACGACGUGCUGGAAUUCAUCGCCAAACUGGCUCAAUGCUUUUCAGAAAUGAACACGAAGAGAAACCAGAAAUGGUCUUCGAACGUGAUUCGAACGGCUUUAAAUAUGAUGAACAAUGCGCCAAGACAGGCCUUUCAAAAUAUAAAGUCAAAAGUAAACGACACUUUGCUGAGGAACGAUAUUCUCAGGUAUCGCGGCCAACAAAAACCGUGGCACGUUUUACUUUGCCUCGUGAUUACGAACAACGAUAGAAUUAAUUACGACGAUUGCGUUGAUGAAUUUCGACGUUUCGACGAGUGUCGGAACAACGCGAGAUUGCGAUCGACGAGCGAGGCGUACAACGUAGACGCGAAAUCGUGGACGAUGGCUAUUCAACGUUUGAGCAAUUGCACGGUCGUGGAGGAUGAGAACGGAGAGGAGGAGGAGAUUUCCUGCAAAAUUGUUCGAAGAACGCCAAAGAAGAUCAAAAGGAAGGUGAGCUACGUGUUCGAGAGGAUCUUGGACAAGAGGAUAUCCAAAGGGACCCCUUUCCAUCGCGCUGUCAACGAUCUUGGGGAUGUUUUGUCGAAGAGCAUUUGGGGGCAAAGAUUCGUCGACGAAUUGUUACAAUGUAUCAAUAUUUUCGAGGAUGGUAAAGAGAAGUUGAGGAAACUUUCGAAAUUUGUGGGCAAGGAUGAUGAAGCUGCGAUAAAGCACAGGGAGAUCUCGAGAGCUUUAAAGUUGUACAAAAAGGGGGCGCUUCUCAGAACGUUCAGAACGAUCAACAAAUUUCAUCGAUCCGCCAUUGAUUUCGAAAAAUUCUUCGCCCAAGGGAUGAAAGAGACUUUGAAGGAAACUUGGCAGAGCCAUGUGAAUGUUUUAACACAUCUGAUGGACUGGAUGACCAAACUACUGGAGCUUUACAGCGGUGAGAACUUCAAUGGACACGAACCGAACUCGGUGGACAAGAGCACGUCGCAAAUCGAGUGGAAUAGCGAAGAGGAUUCUGAAAAUAUGCAAGAGUUUGCAACACGUUCUAGAACAGAAAUGAUAAAAGAUGCGGACAACUCUAUGAAUAGCCUGGUGGAAUCGAUGAAUCAUUUAAGCAGAUAUCGAAACGUGGACAACGACAGUAUGCUGGUUUCUAUGGCCAAUAAUCUUCUACUGAUCGUGAUAUUCAUCGAAACUAUAAGCUUCGCUUCUUCGUUGUACGCUCUUCGACAAAUCCCGAAUGAAUAUUCUUCCUUAGAAAUCUACAACGGAUGGAAUCGUGAACGUAGAUCCAUGUUUCUCUCUCAAUACGAUCAAAUUAUCGAUUUUCCAUCGCGUGAUCAUUUUCUUUUCGCAUAUGAUGAAAAUUCCUCUUUAUCUUUUUCGGAUGAAAAUGAUUGAUUCGACAAUAAAUUUUGAAAUUGUUUGAGAAUUUAAUUUUAAUCUUGAAUAUUAUGGUAUUAGUAUGGGUUCAAAAAAUAAAUUAGUUAUGAUAUUACUGUAUUGAAAUAUGUA